AGACUUCGAGUGGACAACCUCUGAAAAUAUAAUUCCAUAUUUAAGACCAAGAAAGAAAAACCCAACUUUCGUGAAGAUCCAACGGCUCAGAUUGCAUGAAGAUAUACAGCACACAUAUCAUUCACAUGGGCAUUGUAUCACCUACGCUACAACAAAGUCCCAAAAACAACAGUUAAAUAUUGGAAAAACUGACCUCGAGAGCCAAACACAACCCUACAAAGCCUACAGCCUUGAAAAAUUGAAAAAUCUUUACAGUCGAUUCAUCCAUCCGUGCAAGGAUAAAAUACAAAAUUCACACAGAAAAAACCCAGCAAAAAAAAAAAAAGGAAAAAAAAAAGGAAGAAACAAAAUUGAAGCUAAAACAGAGCUUCAGAGUCACCCAUUUACAGAGCCUUCUUCCUCAAUCUCAAAAGCUGAGCAAACCCCAACCCAUCAUUCAGAUUAUUCGGUUGGGUCAAAAAAAUGAAGCUAUCUGCAAAACCCAUAUCGAGUCCGGGUCGAACCGAUAAGUUCCCGCCGCCAUUAGUGAGGUUUCUGAGGACCAAUGUUGGGAGCAGAAGCAGAGGGCGGUUACGUUCGAGCCCAAUGUUUGUGAGGAAAAAAAACACCGCCAUUGAAACCCAAGAGCCCUCUUCUCCUAAAGUCACGUGCAUGGGGCAGGUCCGAGUCCGACGAUCCUCCAAUCAAGGCGGGUCGAAACCUCUAAGAGCCCGGCGGACCGGAGCUCCGACCCUACGACGGUGUAAAUGGAUCCAAAACGCCAUGCUUUGCCGCCAUUUUCCAGGGAAAAUCAAGCCCAAGUCUUUAGGACCCGUUUGGCGCAAGUGGGUACCGUUUUUUCAAGUGGGUUUUUGCAGGAAAGGCCAAAUUAAAGAGGACGCGCCAAAGAUUGAGUCGAAAUUUGGAGAUGGAAUUGAAGUUUCAGAUGGGGAAGAAGAAGAAGAAGACCAAGAAUAUGAAAGAAAGGCCAAAGCUUUUGUUUCUUCUUCUUCUUCUUCACCACCAAGGAACGCUUUGCUAUUAACUCGAUGCAGAUCUGCGCCGUACAGGUCUUCAUCUUUGGCCAGUAGAUUUUGGGGCUCACCUAUAAGAGCUGAAGAAACAGAGGAAGAACAGAGCACAGAGACCCAAAACGGAGGAAAUUGCACCGAGAACGAGAGACCCAUAUCAGAACGGGAGUCCAUUUUGGAUCAAGAAGCGAAAUUAGACUCAGAAAGUGAAGAAAAAUUGAAAAUUUUCAUGGAAUUGGAGAGUUCAAUCAGAGAACGAAUGGCCAAAUCUGCAAGUAUCGAAGAUACAGACGAGGACCUUGGAGGCUCUGCUCGACCUCUAAUACUCACAAGGUGUAAAUCAGAACCAGCAAGAACAGCAGAGAAGCUCGACCCGGAGCUGAGCUUCUGGAGAAAGAGAAGGUUGGGUAUUGUUGAUUCAUGCUCACCAAGUAUUUUGUGAUUAAUUAAUUCAAUUGUUAAUUAGUCUCAUUAGUUUUUUCUCUGUUCUCUAAUUCUUUUUUAAAAACUGCACAUAGUUUCUGAACACAAUUUUUUGUAGUGAUUAAAACUUGAAAAGAUUGUAUUUUCACAUCUGUGGCUGUACGAGGGAAUCUCCAUGGCUUUUUUC